UUUGCAUACCGCUUUUCCAUUUCGGCUCUCCUUGCUGAACUGAUAACAGGAAUUUCAGGACCAGGAACAUCUUUGGGAACUUCUGCCACUACGAGGAAAUAACAUGUCAGUUAAGAUAGCAGCCCAACCAACAAAAAAGGGGGUGUAAAAGCAAAUCCCAAGAUCUAUUUGGUUUUGCCCGUUAGCGCGAUGAGGAUGGUGUUGUCAGUUGUACACCUGCAGCGGCCACGUAAGGUCGUUGUUAUACAUAGAGCCAUUGUCGUAUUAAAGGUAGGGAAAUGUCCGUGUUGGAGAAGAGCACCACGUGCAAGAUUGAAUGGCACGUGGCUAACAUUAACAGCAAAUCGCACGAAAUUGAAUUAGAAGAUGGAUUUAAAGUGUGUUUUGGAGUCAAAACCGUCGCAUUCCAACAUAUAAUUUAUUUGGUCUCCAAAUCCAGCCAACCGUCCGUUUUCGACAUUGGCGAAGUUCUUUUUACUACUUGUUCUUCGCCAGAUCAACGCCGGCGAAUGUUUCGCCUCUCGUCCGAAGGACCGAAUUCCGUCUACUCCGCCGAACUGACGGAAUUGAAAACGCCCCUCACUAUUGCCUGCUGGAUAUCUCUUAGGAUUGUGGAGUCGGUGAAGAAUUACGCCUUCCAGUUGGAGGACACUCUUCUGACAGAACAACUGUGGAUUUCUGCUAAAAAUGGCCGCCUCACUGAUGUCGAAUUCCAAGUUGGACAGGUUUCUAAAAGUAAAACGUUUACUGCCCAUCGUUCGAUCCUAACAGCUCGUAGUCCAGUACUGGCCGGAUUGUUUGAAAAGGAGGAAUCGUCAUCCAGCCACAUCAUCAUAGAAGACAUGCAGCCAUCCAUUUUCAAGCAUUUUUUGCGUUUCAUCUACACGGGGCAAUUACGGGCCUCAGCUAUGGCAAAUUUAUCUGAAGUUCAAGCAUUAGCUGACAGAUAUCAGAUAGAGACACUCCAGAAAUUGUGUCGCCAUCCACUUCAGGAGAUGAACGCAUCCGAACUGACAUCCCUCAUUUUAUCCAUCACCCACACUCCUGCUUCAACGAAACUGGAGGCAACUACUCUAUUCGGAAAACCUCUCCAUAAAUUGGCACACAUGUCUCCUAUGGUCGUCGGUGCAGACCAUCAAACUUCUAAUAACAUUGGUAGCACCACAGCCCUGGAUAGAGCCAAUUAUUUCUUUACCGGGAAUCCAUUGACUCCCGCUGCCAGUACCAACACUUCUGAAUUCUCAUUUCCCAAGAUGAGCCAUGCGACUGGUCCUGUAUCAUUCCACUUUGGCAACAGGACGUCUUCGGGCAAUGGCGCCUCACCUGUUAUCGCAUUGCAAGCGCCAGGCAAGUUAAAUAUUGGAUCGACGCCUGCUUCUGCGAGCUCAAUAUCUAAAGGCAAAUUUCCAGCAAUUUCAAGUACUCCAUCUACAAGUGGAAAUUCAGCUUUUACUCCUGGAACCGUUUUCUCAGCGCCUUCAGGAGAAGGGCCGUCGGGUAGUCAAAUUCAAACGGCAUCGAUGGGGCCCAGUACAUCUACGUUCACCUUUAAACAACCCGUAGAUGUCAACUCUGUUACAUUGAAGGCAGCUGUUGUUGCGGCUGCAAUUAGUCGUCUUCGCAUGGUUUUCGACGAAUUUUUGGGAACAGAGGAAACGAUGGACCUAAACGACAGUUUUUCGACAGACGCUGUCAACGUUAGUGCUCCGCCUCCGUCUCCGGAACCGAAUUCAAAAAUGAAUCCCACGAUACAGUUUUUACAGCCAAAGCUCGUAGUGUCUACGGCAUCGUCAUCCACGUCCGACUCUUCGGGUGUUUGUUUACCUACAACAUCUAAGAAAGGCAGAUGCACUAAGGUCCCAGAGAAACCACCAUAUAGUUCAGCACCGGCCACACCUUUGGAUAAUGGCAUCAAACUUGAAUUUCCUUGUCUACAUUCAUCAAACCAAUUUGCGGAAGCGGACAAUAGUAGAAGCAACACGUAUUCUCCUACAUCUAUAAGCAGAGCACAAGAUGACAUCAGCCGACAUCAAAGUGCCUCCGAGACAAGAAAACAUUUUGCCCAAAGUAAAUCACUUGGAUUACCUAUUCUUCAGAUGCCUCAUCUCACCAAUCGUGAAAAUCGGCUCCGGGAAUCUUUAUCGUCAGAAAAAACUGAAGGAACAAAAACGUUAUAGAGGCGACUGAGAAUGUCAACGUUAGGAGCACCUUUGCGUAAAUUUGGUGCACCGUUGGAGUACAUUUUUUCUCUGGUCAUUAGCUAUUCGCGACUAGCCGUCGCAUUAUUUUCAAGCUUUGCUCCUCGUACGCGCCCCCAAAGUGGUUCCUAGUUAGGUCGUCAUUAAGAGCAGUAAAUAAACAUGGAUGUAACUGAA